UUCAUGUCACGAGAUUUUCCUCAUAGAUAAAAUUAUCUUCACCUUCAACUGAAUUCCCUCAGUCAUUGUUAAUGUCUUUUUUGUUUAUGUGGGGGGCACCGAAAUCAAUUCCAAUUGGGGCAGUAAACAAAUUUCAAAAAGUUGGUGAACACUAGGCUAGAAGCAACAACAUGGGGGCAUGAUUAAAUUCUUCCACGUGUACAUCGUGUAUUGGUAACGUGCGUAGAUUGAUUGGUGGUGCCUUUUUCUUUCACUACAAAAUAGCAAAACAAAAGUGCCACCGGUGGCAUUUGUUUUGGCCUAUACUCAAAAGGUGAGGUCGAAGUUCUCUGUUUCUUUUCCUUCUCACAACAAUGGGAAGGUGAAAAAAAAGGUUCCCAUCAUAAACUUUGACACAUGAAGAGAUCACAUUACGGGUUUGCCAAACUAAAGAAAAAAGUUGGAGUUUUUGAUAUGGCUCAAUAGCUGGUUCCAUUUGAAAGUGUUAGUAGUGGUAUUUGAUCCUUCGUGCAAGCAAAAACAACAGUGACUAUCUGAUAUAAGUUUUGAGAGGUUAUCAAAUUUCAUGCUGAGGGUGGUUUGAGGAAUGAGAGCAGAAGAUAAUGGAUUUCUGGCCAGAAUUUCUUGCAAGCAGUUCGGGAAGAGAGUUUGUAGCAGGUGGCUUUGGAGGCAUUGCUGGUAUAAUUUCAGGUUAUCCACUUGACACUCUUCGCAUCAGAUUACAGAACUCGAAAAAUGGCUCUGCCUUCACAAUCCUUAGACAAAUGGUGUCUAGGGAAGGACCUGCUUCUUUGUACCGUGGCAUGGGCGCACCAUUAGCCUCCGUUACUUUUCAGAAUGCGAUGGUUUUCCAAACGUACGCAGUUCUGUCAAGGGCAUUUGACUCAUCUGUUUCUGCUAAAGACCCUCCUUCCUACAAGGGUGUUGCUUUAGGAGGAACUGGUACCGGGGCCAUCCAAAGUCUAUUAAUAUCCCCUGUGGAGUUGACCAAAGUUCGACUUCAGCUGCAAAACGCAGGUCAGAUGACAGAAACCGCAAAAGGUCCUCUAAUGCUCGCUAAGAACAUAUGGAGAAAAGAAGGCCUUCGAGGAAUCUAUCGAGGUCUAGGUGUCACUGUGAUGAGGGAUGGACCUUCUCAUGGUUUAUACUUCUGGACAUAUGAAUACAUGAGGGAACAACUUCACCCAGGUUGCAGAAAAAGUGGUGAAGAGAGUUUGAAUACUAUGUUAAUAGCAGGAGGAUUAGCAGGGGUGACGAGUUGGAUUAGUUGCUACCCUUUUGAUGUUGUAAAGACAAGACUACAGGCUCAAACACCCUCUUCUAUAAAGUACAAAGGCAUUAUAGAUUGUUUCAAAAAGAGUGUUAACGAAGAAGGAUACGGUGUGCUAUGGCGGGGUUUAGGAACUACAGUUGCCAGAGCUUUCCUAGUAAAUGGUGCCAUAUUUUCUGCAUAUGAGAUUUCACUAAGAUUACUGUUUAACAAUGGGAAUAUUCAAAUGCAGGAAACACUAUAGCAGAAAAUUAAACACCAUUCCAAUAGCAGCUGGUGUGCUGAAAACAAUCAAAAUUCCGCUUUCAUAUUCAAUAACCAUUAUAAGAUGUAAUUGCCAGAUAUUCUAUACGUAAUAUUCAUUACAUGAUGUAAUUGUCAAUAUUUAUUCUUCUAUUCA